UGUAGCGGUAAAUACUAAAUAGUUAACACUACAUGUAAAUGUAAGUUUAGUAUAUAUGUAUUAAUCUACCAACAUACGUUGACUAGGUAGGUACCUACUAUAGUAAUUAGUUACGUAGAAAUUUUCGUUUAAUAUUUUAUGUAAAUUAAAACAAAACUAAUAUAAUAGUAUUAUAGUUACAAUACACACUUCAAUUUACAAAUAAAUUAAAGAAAAUGAACAAGUUCGACGUAAACAAGCAACGUUUCAGCUACAAUAUCGUGCCAAUGUCUUCCAAUGAUGAGAAUGACAGACAAAGAGUUAUUGAAUUUAUAAAAAAAUUUUUCUUUCAACGAGAACCAUUAGUAAUGUGUAAACAGUUAGAGUUUGAAUCAAUGGAAAAACUUCAAAAUCAUCUUUUCAGAACUUUGGAUAAUGGUUUAACUUUUAAAGCCGUGUCUUCGGACGGAGAUUUGAUUGGUUUUAUUAGCAACGAAAUAAUUGACCGAGAAAACAAAAAACCAAGUAAUUGUAGCAGUAAAAUCGAUGACCAAGAAAACAGUUUUAAGUUCAAAGAAUUCAUGACACUUUUUCAAAAAAUCGAACAAGAAUCUGCUAUGUUUGAAAGAUACCCAGAUGUAAAUCGGGUAAUGGAUAUUAAGGCUGUCGCUGUGAAUGAAACAUUUAAAGGUCAAGGAGUGUGCAAAGCUCUUUUUUAUAAAAGCAAAGAGUUGGCAUUAGAAAACAAAUGCUCAAUGGUUCGUGUCGACUGUAGCAGUUAUUUUUCUGCUAGUGCAGCAGAGAAACUAGGAUUUCAAUGCAUUUAUUCCAUGAACUACGAAGAAUAUAAGAAUGAAAAAGGCGAAGUGAUAUUUGAUCCUUUGCCCCCUCACAAACAAUUUAAAGUUUAUGUAAUUUCUAUAGAAAAAUUUUUUCAUUCAGAUAAAUAAACAAAUUAUUAUGAUUAUAUAUAAUAUAAAUGAAUAAUUCUUUAUAUAAUUAAAUAAUUAUAAGGCUGCAAUCUACUGUUAUAGUUGUUUCUUUUA